AGGAGGAGGAGACACCGCCACACAAGUCCGGCGAGUCGGCGAGCGUAGAGACACGUAGAGAGACGUGCGGCUUAGCGUAAGGGCUUUGCGGACCGGAAUCGAACCGCGGGUGUUUCGGAGGUGGUGGUUUCUCUCACUUUCGGUUGUUCUUCCGGAACACGCGACUCCACUACACGGCGAGGGAAACGCGCGCGACGCACACGCACGCGACGACGACGACGACGAAGACGAAGACGACGACGACGACGACGAGGAGGAGGCACGCAGCGCACUGCAGCAGCAAGAGCAGCAGCAACGUCGUCGGGGUGGCAUUCGGCUAUCCGCGCACUGCCCGGUGACCGACCGUGUUGGUUCGGCCGUGUCCGUCCGUCAUAUUAUAUUCCCGGCCCCGAGAGAGUGAGAGAGAACAAGGUUGCUGGCACGUAGUAGUCGGUGUUGCGACGCAGCGAGGAGAGGAGGAGGUGGAGGCGGCGGUGGUGGCGGCGGCGGCGGCGGCGGAGGAGGAAGAGACGAACGGCGACGAUACGUGUGCGCACGGAGCGGAGCGAGAACGAGGAGCAGCGGAUCGCGGGGACCGACCGACUGGUGCCGGCCAUGGAGAAGCGGAUAGAGCUCGAGAAGCGGGGAAAGAAGCCCGGCGACAUCAAAGAACUUGUUCUUGAUAAUUGCCGGAGUACGCAAAUCGUGGGCCUGACAAAUGAAUUCAGCGCUCUGGAGUCAUUAAGUCUUAUCAACGUGGGUCUUACCAGUUUAAAAGGCUUUCCAAAGUUAUCCAGUCUUAAAAAGUUGGAGUUGAGCGACAAUCGGAUUUCGGGCGGUUUAAAUCUUCUUGACUCGAGCCCCAAAUUGACUCAUCUGAAUCUGAGCGGAAAUAAGAUCAAAGAUCUCGAUACAUUGCAACCACUGAAAGAGUUCAAGAACCUGAAGAGUCUGGAUCUGUUCAACAAUGAAGUAACAAACAUGGAUAAUUAUAGGGAGAAAGUCUUCAAUCUUAUUCCCAGUCUACGAUAUCUUGACGGAUAUGACGCCGAUGAUCGCGAGGUCGAUAGUGAAGGGGAGGACGAUGAAGUCAAUGGAAACGAAGAUGGAGAAGGAGGUGGUAACGAAGAGGAUAGUGAAGAAGUUUCAGAUGAGGAAGAUGAGGAUUUCCUAGAUGAUGAACCAGGAUUAGAUAUUUUCAACAAGGAUAACCUUAUUGAAAGCGAUGAAGAGGAUUAUAUGGGAGAAGAAGAAGAAGAGGAUGAUGAUGAUGAUGAUAACGAUGACGAUGAGCAGGAAGAAGAAGAAGAAGAAGAGUCUCCUGUUCGAGGAAAGAAAAGAAAAAUUGAUGAUGUGGGCGAUAACUUGAACGCUUAAGAUAGUAAGGGCUGUCUCUGAUACUGUUGAAUGAGUGUAAAAUUCGUAUAAAUAAUAACAAUAAUUGCGACACCGAGUGAACAGCUGGGAAUCAAACUAAUUGACCGACCAAUGACAGACUACAGUUAGUGAUAUGAAUUUAUCAGUAAAUCAUUGACUGUGAGGAAAUUAUCUGCGUAACAACAAAAGAUUUAUCGUAUGUAGAAACGGAACGUGAAUGGAAAGCAUGGAAGAAAACUGGAAAGAAAAUGGAUAAUGAUGGCAUAAAAAUAGGGCUGCAUUCCAGCUGGACACAGCACAGUUUUAGUUAUACUAACGAUAUUUUAUAUAGAGUAUAUAGAGUUAGAGUAUUAGUGGUGUUGCAUAGAGUGGAAAGAAGAUCGAGGAGAGAAAGAGAAAAAAGGGCGAAAAUCAGGGAGAGA